AGUACUGCAGCUGCAGCUGCAGAUCAGUGUGGGGUUUUGUGCAUCUCCGGUUGGAGGCAACGCACGACUUUUUGGGGAGGGGGGGGAAGCGAGCAAGGUGGGCUUGUAAGGGGGUGUUCCGAUGCAGUUGACCCCCCACCCCAUGCAAAAACUGGGGAAAGGAAGACCCUACCUGUCCUUUCCUAGGAGGGGAUGUUAGCAAAAACAUCCCCAUAGAAGCCAGGAUGGUGCAUAGCAGGUUGCCAGGAUGGUGCUACCUGGCGGGGAAGGCGUUAUCAAGGAGCAAUCGUGGUUUGCUGAAGGGGAAGAAGAGUCCUCACAAAGUGGCCUUGUUCACAAGUGAAGCAAACCUGGGUCCCACAGAAAAGGACCCAAAGACUAAUAAGCUUCUCAAGGAGUGGACCUUGGUUGUCACUCCUUUUGGUCUGCUGAAGGCGCGUCUCCCUUGCCACAUUACAGUGGGGCCCCUGGACCCCCAUAAGUACCCCGAUUCUGACAAGGUAUUUGUUGCCCUUAAGGGCAGGGAUUCCAAUCCUGACCCUGCCUCUGGUCUGCUUGUGAAUUACGAUGAAGCCCGGAAGGAGGUGAUUAUCUCUGGUGGCAUGGACGGCACAGCUUCCCUGGAUGUGAGGACCCCUGUAAAUUUUGAUUUGGAUAUCAAAACAACCAGAAAUGGCUCUGUGAAGAUUGAACAAAUGCAAUGUGCUAACUGCAAAGUAGAAACAGAGAAGGGAGCGAGUAUAUUGAAGUCAAUAAAGAGUCAUAAAAUUGAUCUCCGAGCAAAAGGAGGGGACGUUACCUGUUUGGGAACUCUUCAAGGAAAUACUGAUAUUCUUGUGUCACAAGAAAGUAAUGUGAACAUUGAAAAACUCCAAGGAUCAUCCAUUAACAUUACAAGUGAAAAUGGUUUGCUCAAAGCUAAAUAUUUGUAUUCCGACUCCUCGUUUCUGACUUCAGUGGCUGGCGACAUCUUACUGGGGAACGUCCAUGGUGAUAUUACCUUGGAGACCAAAACAGGGAGCAUCACAGUUGAUUCUUCUGAAGGAUCUUUAAAAGCCUUGACAAGUCGAGGAGAGAUAAACGCCUACGUUCUUCGUCAAACCGGAGAAGUUAAUCUGGCUUCUCAGGAAGGUUCCAUUACCCUCAAGGUACCUGCAACUCUUCAAACUUCUCUGAAAUUGUCUGGAAGGAAGGUGGAAAUCAGUCCAGAAAUCCAAUUGCAGGAGAUCCAGACUGUCUCGAGUGAAGAUCGUGUCGCAGUGACGGGCCACAUGGGUCAAAAGGAUGCAAAAGGAAGACACAUUAAAGCGGAGACACAGCAUGGCACCGUCAAUCUCAAAUGUCAAAGCUGGUUCCAAUCUUUGAAAUUGAAGAUUCCUUGACAAUACUUACUUUAUAAAUAAA